AUGGCUGCUCUCCUCCCUGGCACAAACUAUUUGGCCUUUCUCCUCCUCCCACCAUUCUUCCGUGCUUCUCCCCCGCUGCCCGGUUUCGCCCGCUCGCACCCCCAGUCCCCCUCAACGGCCCACACCUAUCCCCCAAUACCCGGAAGCAGCUCCACCACCCGCCGCAGGAGGGAUGCCAUGAACGGGUCAGACUCAAAGGAGGAUAUAAAUGCCUUGGACUACGAUCUCAGAGACCCAGAGAAAUCCCUAGGUGCGUCGCCCGCACCGUCAUAUCGAGCCCUAUCGAGUCCACACUCACCACCGGCACCCGCUCCAGAAAAUCAGGCCGACACUUCCUCCACCUACACCGCCCAUGACAGCGCAAUUCUCAGUAUCUUCGAUCCCAACUUUGACAGCAGUUCCGUUCUCGAGGAUGAUUCUCCGUACCCAGAAGUCCGUUCCGCCGUCGCCAACUUUGACGACCCAGAGAUGCCCGCGUCCACGUUCCGCGCCUGGGUCCUCGGCAUUUUCUGGGCUAUUCUCAUAUCCGGCAUGAACCAAUUCUUCUACUUUCGCUAUCCAUCAGUCGCCAUUGGAGGUCUCGUGGCGCAGCUUCUCGUCUUUCCCAUUGGCCGGGCGUGGGUGCGCUUAUGCCCAUCAGUCACCGUUUUUGGCGUGCAGAUGAACCCGGGACCUUUCACUAUCAAGGAACACGUGCUCGUCACGAUAAUGGCCAGCGUCGGAGCACAGAGUGCGUACGCGACGGACAUUGUCGCCGUCCAGCGCGUGUACUACAACCAGGCCUGGAGUUUUGCCUAUAACUGGAUGCUCGUAAUGUCCACGCAGCUCAUCGGAUUUUCCAUGGGUGGUAUCGCUCGCCGAUUUCUCGUCGCCCCUCCCUCUAUGAUCUGGCCAAACACGCUUGUAUCAUGUGCUCUAUUCAACACUCUACACUCGCAGACGUACGCCGGCAUUGGACCAAGAGACGGUCUAAGCAGAGAACGCUUUUUUCUCUAUGCUUUUGUAGCGGCGAUUAUUUGGUACAUUGUCCCUGGCUACCUGUUCCAAGCCCUCAGCGUAUUUAGUUGGGUAUGUUGGAUAUGGCCGGACAACGUCAAAAUAAACCAGAUAUUCGGGUACCAUAGUGGCUUGGGGUUCUCGCUCAUCACGCUUGACUGGAACCAGAUCGCGUUCAUUGGGAGUCCACUUGCUACGCCAUGGUGGGCAGAGGCGAAUGUGAUGAUUGGGUUUUUCGUGUUCUACUGGUUCUUGACACCACUGCUAUACUAUAAUAACGUGUGGCACAGCCAAUACAUGCCGAUAUCAGGAUUGAACGCGUACGACAACACGGGGAACCCAUACGACGUAUCGAGAGUUGUCAACCCAAUCGAUGCGAGCCUCAACCUGGACGCGUAUAAAGCGUAUAGCCCAUUGUACCUCCCAACGGCAUUCGCGAUGUCCUACGGGCUCUCUUUUCUCUCUAUCACAUCCACCGUCACACACGGUACGUCAUUCAUCUCUGUUCUCUCUGCUCUCCUCCCCGCGACCGCCAUCAAGAACCAGCAGCCCAUUAUCCACUUCUAUCGGCCCAUCCGACUGCAGUUCGGGCGCUCGAUGCGGGAACAGCCAGAUAUCCAUGCCCGCCUCAUGUCGAGGUAUCCGCAGGUUCCGGAAUGGUAUUACGCGUGUCUUUUCGUCGUCACCUUCAUCUUCGCAUGCGUGUGCAUUGAGCUGUGGCCGUCGGGCAUGACGAUUUGGGCACUCAUUGUUGCUUUGUUAAUUUCUGUUGUUUAUGUUUUGCCAAUUGGGAUGAUCCAGGCGGUGACGAACAGACAAGUUGGUCUGAACGUCAUUACGGAGCUCAUUGUGGGCUUCAUGAUUCCUGGAAAACCUAAUGCUAUGAUGAUUUUCAAGACUUACGGUUAUAUUACGAUGUCACAAGCUAUGCAAUUUACGGCCGAUUUCAAACUGGGGCACUAUAUGAAGGUUCCACCAAGACCUAUGUUUUGGUGUCAGGUCGUCGCGACAGUGAUCGCGGGUACUGCCCAGCUUGGCGUUCAGUCGUGGAUGUUCUCAAACAUCACCGACAUUUGUGAUAGGAACCAACCAAACAACUUCACCUGUGCAUCAACACAAGUCUUCGGAACAGCUUCUAUAAUUUGGGGCGUGAUUGGCCCCGGACUGCAGUUCACCAAGGGACAAAUCUAUUAUGGUAUGCCCCUAAUCGACCAUUCCCAUGGUCUGACAUUCUUCUUCCUUAUCGGCGCCGCCUGCCCCGUCAUCCUAUGGCUAUUUACCCGACGAUACCCCAAUACUAUCCUAAAUUAUCUUAAUUUCCCGCUUAUUUUUUCUGGUGUCGGCUCCAUACCACCUGCGACCGCAGUCAACUACGUCCCUUGGGCUAUCAUCGGGUUCAUCUUCCAGUACGUGGUGCGGCGGAAGCACUUCUCCUAUUGGGCCAAAUAUAAUUACGUCCUCUCGGCCGCCUUGGAUGCUGGCACGGGUAUCGGCCUCAUUAUGGUAUUUUUUUGCCUACAAUAUCCACUGGACGGGAAUAUCGGGCGUAAUACGAUCCAGAAAUGGUGGGGAAAUAGGGUGUAUAAGGAUACUCUCGAUUGGAAAAGUACCCCGCUACGGAAACUUACCGAUGGCGAUACGUUUGGGUGA